AUGAGGAAGUUUAAGCAGGACAUGAACCGUGCAAAUACAUUGAUUAUUAGAAGGCAGAUGGUCGUGUGUUCAAGGGAAGGACUAAGAAAAUCUAGGCCCGCUCCGAAAAGAUUCAAGGACUCUAUGCAUAAGUCAAAUGGGAGGAAAGACAUCAAGGGCCAGCAACCUCAGAAAGUUAUAAGGAAAAAGAGUCGCCGAGUAACCAGAUGCAGCUGUCAAGCGAGGCUUACUGUUAGGCUGUGUACCAAAAGAAUGGUCUACUAUGCCUCAGAAUUCACCACUGAGCACAACCAUGAAUUGACCAGACCUGAGCAUCGUCAUUUUAUGCCAUCCCAUCGGCAUGUUAGUGACUAUGACCUUGCUCAAGUUAAUACAUUGAGGAAAGUUUCAGUGAAACCUUGCCUUGCGUACGAGUACCUUGUUCACCAAGCCGGAGGCCACGAGUUUGUGGGAUUUACAUUGAGGGAUCUGUACAAUAAAAUGCAGGGUGAACGGAAAGAAAUCAUGAUUGAUGGGGAUGCACAAUCGUCCAUAAUGUGGAUGAACACCCAAGCACUGCGUGACCCUCAAUUUUAUUGCAUAUUCAAUGUCGAUGAGGAGGGAAGGCUUGCAAAUAUGUUCUGGCGAGACGAGCAAUCAUUGGCUGAUUACAAUGCAUUUGGAGAUGUUCUGAUUAUCGAUAGCACUUAUAAGACCAACAUUUAUGAAAAGCCCUUGGCUGUAUUUGUUGGGACUAAUAAUCACAGAGCAACUGUCCUUUUUGGUUGUGCACUAUUAGCAGAUGAAACUGAGGAGACUUACAUGUGGGCCGUCACAGCCUUUCUCACCUCUAUGUACGGCAAGAAACCAAUUUCUGUAAUUACCGACAGUGAUGAUUCUAUGCGUAAUGCGGUAACUACUCUCAUACCAGAGGCAAGACACCGUCUUUGUUCAUGGCAUAUUGGGAAUAAUGUGACGCAACACUUGGAAGACGCUGGAGCCCAAAAAGAUUUCUUUCAUUUGAUGUUUGCCGGUCUAACUAUUGACCAAUGGGAAUCUGCCUGGCAUUAUUUUGUGGCGAUGAACGAGCUUCAAGACAAUUCGUGGGUGGCUGGUAUGUAUGACAAACGUGAGAGAUGGGCAGAAGCUUUCUUUCGAGACUAUUUUUUGCUGGAAUCUCCAGCACCCAACGAUGUAUCAUAA